AUGGCUGUACCCGUCGAGGAAGCCAUUGCUGCUCUAUCUACAUUCUCGCUCGAGGAUGAGCAACCAGAGGUGCAGGGACCUGGAGUGUGGGUAUCUACUGAGAGAGGUGCAACAGAAAGUCCAAUAGCUUUAAAGAUGCAUAGUGUUAUUAUUAAUCACCGUUUACCACCGUCUUCUUUCGUAGAGUACAGCGAUGUUUCUGCUUACCGACUAUCUCUAUCGGAGGACACAAAAGCUCUCAAUCAGCUGAAUGCCCUUAGCCAAGAGGGAAAGGAGAUGGCAUCAGUGCUUUAUACUUAUCGCAGUUGUGUCAAAGCACUUCCUCAGCUACCUGAUUCUAUGAAGCAAAGUCAAGCUGACUUAUAUUUGGAGACAUAUCAAGUUCUGGAUUUGGAAAUGAGUCGUCUGCGUGAAAUUCAGCGAUGGCAAGCAUCAGCUUCCUCAAAAUUGGCUGCAGACAUGCAACGUUUUUCUAGGCCUGAAAGACGCAUUAAUGGCCCUACAAUAUCUCAUUUGUGGUCUAUGUUGAAGUUGCUUGAUGUUUUAGUGCAACUUGAUCAUCUUAAAAAUGCUAAGGCAAGCAUACCUAAUGACUUUUCAUGGUAUAAAAGGACUUUUACACAAGUCAGUGGUCAGUGGCAAGACACUGAUUCAAUGAGGGAGGAAUUAGAUGAUUUGCAGUCUUUAGAAUUGGACUUUGCACUUCUCUUUCCCGAGCGCCACAUUCUUUUGCGUGUUUUGCCUGUUCUUGUUGUCUUAGUGACAUCAUCAGAGAAAGAUAGCGAAUCUCUGUACAAGAGGGUGAAAAUCAACAGACUGAUCAAUAUAUUUAAGAAUGAAGCAGUCAUCCCUGCAUUUCCAGAUCUGCAUUUAUCUCCUGCUGCAAUAUUGAAGGAAUUAUCAACAUACUUCCCAAAAUUUUCUUCUCAAACUCGCCUUCUCACCCUUCCUGCACCUCAUGAGCUUCCACCUCCCAUCCGUGCUGAACAUGAUGAUUUUGUAAUUCGAUUUGCUUCUGCAAUGAAUCAGUCAACUGAUGGUUCUGAUGUUGAAUGGAGCAAAGAAGUCAAGGGGAACAUGUAUGAUAUGAUUGUUGAAGGUUUUCAGCUAUUAAGCAGAUGGACUGCACGCAUAUGGGAACAAUGUGCUUGGAAAUUUUCUCGGCCAUGCAAAGAUGCAUCCCCAUCAUUCUCUGACUAUGAAAAGGUAGUAAGAUAUAACUACAGUGCAGAGGAAAGGAAAGCACUGGUUGAGCUUGUGAGCUACAUAAAGAGUGUUGGAUCUAUGAUGCAGCGUUGUGAUACACUGGUUGCUGAUGCUUUAUGGGAAACAAUACAUGCUGAGGUCCAAGAUUUUGUCCAAAAUACAUUAGCUACCAUGUUGCGGACUACCUUCAGAAAGAAGAAGGACCUCUCUAGGAUUCUUUCAGAUAUGCGGACCCUUUCAGCUGAUUGGAUGGCUAAUACAAACAAAUCAGAAUCCGAGUUACAGUCCUCACAGCAUGGAGGUGAAGAAAGCAAAGCAAACAUAUUUUAUCCAAGAGCAGUUGCCCCAACUACUGCUCAGGUGCACUGCUUGCAGUUCUUAAUAUAUGAGGUGGUUUCUGGUGGUAACCUUAGGAGGCCAGGCGGACUCUUUGGCAAUAGUGGCUCAGAAAUCCCCGUUAAUGAUUUAAAACAGCUGGAGACAUUUUUUUACAAGCUUGGUUUUUUCCUUCAUAUUUUAGACUACUCAGCGACUGUUGCAACACUGACAGAUCUUGGUUUCUUAUGGUUUAGAGAAUUCUAUUUAGAGUCUUCACGAGUCAUUCAGACUUUAGUUGCCCCCUAUUCCCCACCCCAUCCUGGUUAUUUUCCCAUUGAAUGCUCUCUCCCCUGGAUGUUGGUGGAUUGUGUACUUGAGUCACCAAAUUCGGGUAUUCUCGAGAGUGUUCUGAUGCCAUUUGACAUCUAUAAUGAUUCAGCUCAGCAAGCCUUGGUGUUGCUGAAGCAACGGUUUCUAUACGAUGAAAUUGAGGCUGAGGUAGCAAAGCUUGUUGAUCAAAAAGUCCUGCUGCUUGGAAGGAUGAUUAAUUUGAGAAGUUUGAUCACUGAACGGAUUAACAAGGUUUUCCGUGAAAAUAUUGAGUUUCUGUUUGAUCGCUUUGAGUGUCAGGAUCUAUGUGCCAUAGUGGAAUUAGAGAGGUUGUUGGAUGUCUUAAAACAUUCCCAUGAACUACUGUCUAGAGAUCUUUCUGUAGACUCUUUCAGUCUCAUGUUGAAUGAGAUGCAAGAGAACAUCUCCCUUGUAUCAUUUUCUAGUCGACUGGCCUCACAGAUUUGGUCAGAGAUGCAAAGCGAUUUUUUGCCAAAUUUCAUUCUGUGCAAUACUACGCAACGUUUUAUCAGAUCAUCAAGGACUGUUCCUGUUCAAAAGCCAUCCGUACCCUCUGCUAAGCCUAGUUUCUAUUGCGGUACUCAAGAUUUGAAUUCUGCCCAUCAAAGUUUUGCACGACUGCAUAGUGGAUUCUUUGGAAUACCUCACAUGUUUUCUAUUGUUCGACUUUUGGGAUCCCGAUCAUUACCUUGGCUUAUUAGAGCCCUUCUUGAUCACAUAUCAAACAAGAUUACUUUGCUUGAACCAAUGAUUACAGGAUUACAAGAAUCUUUGCCAAAAUCAAUUGGGCUUCUUCCUUUUGAUGGAGGUGUGACAGGUUGUGUGAGACUUGUCAAGGAACAUCUUAACUGGGACACAAAAUCAGAGCUGAAAGCUGAGGUUCUUCAUGGCAUAAAAGAGAUUGGAAGUGUAUUAUAUUGGAUGGGGCUUCUAGAUAUUGUAAUGAGAGAAAAGGAUUCUAUGGAUUUCAUGCAAACUGCUCCCUGGCUGGGUUUGCUUCCUGGAGGAGAUGGUCAAAUAGUAACUUCUCAAGAUGGAGGAGACAGCCCUGUUGUUAGUCUCUUUAAAUCAACAGCUGCUGCAAUGGUUUCAUACCCUGGUUGCCCAUCACCUACCUCUUUUCAUAUUAUGUCAAAACAGGCAGAAGCUGCAGAUCUUUUAUACAAGGCUAACUUGAAUACCGGAAGUGUGCUGGAGUAUGCACUUGCUUUCACUAGUGCUGCGUUGGAUAAAUAUUGUAGCAAAUGGAGCGCUGCACCCAAGACAGGCUUCAUUGACAUUACGAUUUCUAAAGAUUUCUAUCGAAUAUACAGUGGUCUCCAAAUUGGAUACUUGGAAGAGUCUUCUCAAGUGGCAUCAAAUAGUCAUGAAAGGCUGGGGGAUUCAGUUGCUUGGGGGGCCUGCACUAUAAUUUAUUUGCUUGGGCAGCAGCUGCAUUUUGAGCUCUUUGACUUUUCAUAUCAGAUCCUUAAUAUCGCAGAAGUGGAGGCUGUGUCUGUUAUACAAACACAUAAGAACUCACAAUUUGCUGUGCAGGGAUGGGAAUCCUUAUUGGAAGCAAUGAAAAAAGCAAGGAGAUUAAAUAACCAUGUAUUCUCUAUGCUUAAAGCACGUUGCCCCCUUGAAGAAAAGACAGCUUGUGCUAUUAAGCAAAGUGGUGCUCCAAUACAUCGUAUAAAAUUUGAUAACACAGUUUCAGCAUUUGAAACACUGCCGCAGAAAGGUGCUUAA